AUGUUUUAUUUUGAGGGAGAUCCAAUCCAAUCCAGAAUCCAAUCCAAUCCAAUCAACAAUCCAAUCCAAAAUCCAAUCCAAAAUCCACUCCAAUCCAAUCCAGAAUCCAAUCCAAAAUCCAAUCCAAUCCAGAAUCCAAUCCAGAAUCCAAUCCAAUCCAAUCCAGAGUUCAAUCCAAUCCAGAAUCCAAUCCACUAUCCAAUCCAAUCCAAUCCAGAAUCCAAUCCAAUCCACAAUCCAAUCCAAAAUCCAAUCCAAUCCACAAUCCAAUUCAAUCCACAAUCCAAUCCACAACCCAAUCCAAUCCACAAUCCAAUUCAAUCCACAAUACAAUCCACAAUCCAAUUCAAACCAGAAUCAAAUCCAAUCUCCAAUCCACAAUCCAAUCCAAUCCACAAUCCAAUCCACAAUCCAAUCCAAUCCAAUCCACAAUCCAAUCCAAUCCAGAAUCCAAUGCAAUCCAAAAUCCAAUCCAAUCCAGAAUCCAAUCCAGAAUCCAAUCCAAUCCACAAUCCAAUCCAAUCCACAAUCCAAUUCAAUCCACAAUCCAAUCCAAUCCAGAAUCCAAUCCAAUCCAAUCCACAAUCCAAUCCCCACGUCCCCACGUUAUAUACAAUCAUACAUCUCCACAUUAGAUACACUCAUACAUCCCCACAUUAG